AUGGGGAUGAGAUCAGAAGGACGCAAUCUCUCCUUCAAAAUACUCUCCGUCAUGGAAAACGGCGACUUCUCGUCCACCACCACCUCCACUUUUUCCCGCUCGAACUCCGAUGCACCUUCCCUCCAAAACGAUGACGCAUCAUCUCCCACUCAUAACAACCGCAAGAAGAAGAAGAGAAAAAACAAAAGAGGAAAGAUUUCCGCUUCUUCUCCGAUUUCCGAGAACUCCGAAACAAACGGGAAUAUAAAUUAUAAUAUCCUUGGAGAUGAAUAUGCGAGUAGAAAAUUUAGUUAUACUGUGGUGCAGACGGAGAGCGCCAUUGUGCGUGUAGCGGAGAAAAGUGAGAAUGAUAGUGCAGUGAGUACGGCUACUGGAACACCGCUAGCGGGCCCGCCUAUGUUUGGAGAGUUGAGGCAGAGGAAUGUGAGUAGUGUGGUGAAUGGAGGGGCUGAUGAAUUGCCAAUGUCAUUGAGAAGCGAGGAAAGUGGUAAUGCUAAUAGUGAUAAUAUCGCGAAGGAAGAAGUAGAUGAGAAUCAGAGUGUUCUCAAGGAAAGUAAUUUGAAUCAACGAACAGAGACGAAUGGGAAGAAAUUGGAGAAGGAAGAAUCUUUAGACUGGAAGAAAUUGAUGUCUGAAGAUCAAAAUUACGCAUUUCCUGUGGAGAAGUCCCCAGUGAAGUACUUCAUGGAAGAAAUGCAUGCGGGCAAUUCCUUAAGGAGCACCACCAUUCCUGGCAAUGAUAAAGAGCGAGAACGAGUUUAUGAUACUAUAUUCCGCUUGCCAUGGCGAUGUGAACUUCUGAUAAAUGUUGGAUUCUUUGUCUGUUUGGAUUCAUUUCUGUCACUGAUGACCAUCAUGCCAGCAAGGAUAAUCACAUGUUUUUGGAGGCUUCUGAGAACCAGGCAGUUCAAGAAGCUUUCAUCAGCAGAGCUAUCUGAUCUUGGCUGCUUAGUUGUCCUGGUUACUGGAGUCGCUCUAUUACAACAAACAGAUAUUAGCUUAAUUUAUCACAUGAUCCGUGGUCAAGGAACAAUUAAACUGUAUGUGGUGUACAACGUGUUGGAGAUAUUUGAUAGGUUGUUUCAAAGUUUUGGUGGUGAUGUAAUGCAAGCUCUAUUUAAUUCAGCAGCUGGACUCGCAACUUGUUCACCUGAUAACAUGCAAUUCUGGCUUUGGAGAUUUAUUUCAGAUGAAGUGUUAGCAGUGGCUUCUUCAAAUAUCCUUGCCCUGCAAUUCCUAGCUUUGUCUAUAUAA